GCCCCUUCCUCCCGCAGCUGGUGCUGUGGGGCCGCGGAGCAGCGCGUCGCCGUCUCUAUGGCCAGGGAUCCGAGCGCAAAGAAAACGGACCUCAGAGAACCAGGACUAGUCCUUCUGUCGGGGCAGGGUGACCCCAUCAGUGACCUACAACCCCUGUAUGACCCUACAACUCCCUCCCACCAUGGAGUUUGUAUUUGAUGCAGAAAGGCAGUGUGUGAUCCAUCCCUCCCUCUGACCUCUAACCUGGGAUUCCAUGGCCACACAACCCUGUGAUUCCAUGUCCCCUCGAUUCCAGGACCCUCCCUGGCCCCAUGACCCCUGACCUUCCAAGUGACCUCUCUGGACCUUGACCCCCGUGACUGUUCUUCCCAUCAUCCCCUGUGACUCUGGCCUUGGCUCCCCUUGGGGGUCUUACUGGUCUGGGCCUCCCAAGGAAAAUGUGGGGGAGGCUCUGGCCCCUCUUCCUGAGCUUCCUCACAGCAGCUGCUGUCCCUGGACCCUCACUGCGGAGGCCAUCCAGAGAACUAGAUGCCACCCCGCGGAUGACCAUCCCCUAUGAAGAGCUCUCCAGGACCCGGCACUUCAAGGGUCAAGCCCAGAACUACUCAACACUGCUACUGGAGGAGUCCUCCGCAAGACUGCUGGUUGGAGCCCGAGGUGCCCUGUUCUCUCUCAAUGCCCGUGACAUAGGAGAUGGGGCUCACAAAGAGAUCCGCUGGGAGGCCUCCCCAGAGAUGCAAAGCAAAUGUCAUCAGAAAGGGAAAAACAACCAGACGGAGUGCUUCAACCAUGUGCGAUUCCUUCAGCGGCUCAACGCCACCCACUUCUACGCAUGUGGGACUCAUGCCUUCCAGCCCCUCUGUGCAGCCAUUGAUGCUGAGGCCUUCACCUUGCCAACAAGCUUCGAAGAGGGGAAGGAGAAGUGUCCUUACGACCCAGCCCGUGGCUUCACAGGCCUCGUCAUUGAUGGAGGCCUCUACACAGCCACACGGUAUGAAUUCCGGAGCAUCCCUGACAUCCGCCGGAGCCGCCACCCACACGCCCUGAGGACUGAGGAGGCACCAAUGCACUGGCUCAACGAUGCUGAGUUUGUCUUCUCUGUCCUGGUGCGGGAGAGCGAGGCCAGUGCAGUGGGUGAUGACGACAAGGUUUACUACUUCUUCACGGAGCGUGCCACUGACGAGGUCCCCAACAGCUUUGCUCAGAGCCGCAACAGCCACCGUGUGGCCCGUGUGGCCCGUGUGUGCAAGGGAGACCUGGGAGGAAAGAAGAUCUUGCAGAAGAAGUGGACCUCCUUCCUAAAGGCGCGUCUCAUUUGCCACAUUCCCCAGUAUGAGAUGCUACGUGCUGUCUGCAGCCUGGACGCUGACGCCUCAGCCCGCACGCACUUUUAUGCGGCCUUCACGCUGACCACACAGUGGAAGACCCUAGAGGCCUCAGCCAUCUGCCGCUACGACCUGGCCGAGGUGCAGGCUGUCUUCGCAGGUCCCUACAUGGAAUACCAGGAUGGUGCCCGGCGCUGGGGCCGCUAUGAGGGUGGGGUGCCGGAGCCCCGGCCUGGCUCAUGCAUCACAGAUUCAUUGCGCACCCGCGGCUACAACUCAUCCCAGGAUUUGCCAUCCCUGGUCCUGGACUUUGUGAAGUUGCACCCACUGAUGGCCCGGCCCGUGGUGCCCACACGUGGACGGCCCCUGCUGCUGAAGCGCAAUGUGCGCUAUACACACCUCACAGGGACGCCUGUCACCACGCCUGCCGGGCCCACCUAUGACCUGCUCUUUCUGGGCACAGUCGAUGGCUGGAUCCACAAGGCCGUGGUGCUGGGCUCUGGGAUGCACAUUAUCGAAGAGACGCAAGUGUUCAAGGAGCCCCAGUCUGUGGAAAAUCUGGUCAUCUCUCCAAUGCAGCAUAGCCUCUACGUGGGGGCCCCUAGUGGAGUCAUCCAGCUACCACUGUCUAGCUGCUCCCGCUACCGCUCCUGCUAUGACUGCAUCCUGGCCCGGGACCCCUACUGUGGCUGGGACCCCAGCACCCACACCUGCACCGUAUUCAGCAGGUCCCAGGGGAGCAGGACAGCCCUGAUACAGGACAUGGAGAGAGGCAACCGAGGCUGCGAAGGCAACAGGGACACAGGACCACCACCACCACUGAAAACCCGCUCUGUGCUCCGAGGGGAUGAUGUCCUCCUGCCCUGUGACCAGCCAUCCAACCUGGCCCGGGCCUUGUGGUUGCUCAAUGGGAGCAUGGGCCUGAGUGAUGGGCAGCAUGGCUACCGCGUGGGUGUGGAUGGGCUGCUGGUGACAGACAUACAGCCUGAACACAGUGGCAACUACGGCUGCUAUGCUGAGGAGAAUGGCCUCCGCACCCUGCUGGCCUCCUACAGCCUCACAGUCCGGCCGGCCACUCCUGCCCCAGCUCCACAAGCCCCUGCCAUGCCUGGGGCACAGCUGGCCCCUGACGUGAGGCUGCUCUAUGUGCUAGCCAUCGCUGCCCUUGGCGGCCUCUGCCUCAUCCUAGCUUCCUCCCUCCUCUAUGUGGCCUGUCUUCAGGGAGGCAGACGAGGGCGUCGAAGGAAAUACUCUCUGGGUCGGGCUGGCCGGGCAGGGGGCUCUGCUGUGCAGUUGCAGACUGUUUCAGGCCAGUGUCCUGGAGAGGAAGAUGAAGGUGAUGAUGGGGAGGGGCCUGGGGGACUGGAAGGUGGCUGCCUCCAGAUCAUCCCUGGGGAGGGAGCCCCAGCCCCACCGCCUCCACCACCCCCACCCCCACCGGCUGAGCUGACCAAUGGGCUGGUGGCUCUGCCCAGCCGGCUGCGCAGGAUGAACGGCAACAGCUACGUGCUCCUGAGGCAGAGCAACAAUGGAGCGCCAGCAGGGCCCUGCUCAUUUGCCGAGGAGCUCAGCCGCAUCCUGGAGAAGAGGAAACACACGCAGCUUGUAGAGCACCUGGAUGAGAGCUCUGUCUGAGCCCAGCUUC